AUGGCCAAGAAUAAGGGGCUUUUUGCUAGAAUGAAAAGCGGUAUGAUGUCCGGGGCCACUGAGUAUGCCUUAGACACAAGAGUUGUCAAGACACUUAUGGGCAUUGCUCAGAAGGCUAGUCUUACGGCCGACUCAAUCAACCGUUAUGUCCCUAAAAUGGAGAUAAUGGGGAAUUCGGUUUGCGACAACAUUGUUUUUGCCACCAAGUUCAGCAUGAUUGCUUCCACAGCUGGCAUUGGCAUUGCUAUCGUGGCUGUAUACCAAGGAAUUGAAGCUAUGAACCUCAUCGGGGACCGCAUCAAAGGUAUCAGCGAGGAAUUAAGGGUUUUAACAACACUGAAUGCGAUGGAGGUUGUUCCAAAGUACAUUUAUGAUUUUAUCAGGGAAGGCCUCGACAAGCAGUUCGAUGACGGAAAAAGUCAUUGGUUUUUUGUCUACCACCCUGACACUUUUUGGACGCCUAGAUUUUGCAAAUCUAUAAGGGAACGGCCCCUCGAUCCCCGUUUUGUUGGAUAUACAAAUCAACUCGAUGCACUCUUUAUCUUCCUGUUAGCCACGAGAGCUGAAUUAACCCGAGAGGAAAGAGAAGCCAGAAGAAAUGGCGAAAAGCUUCGAUCUGUGAAGUUUCAUGUCAUCAUACCUGUCCAUCAGCCCACAGUACUUCCAGAGUUUCUGAAAUUCCCGGAGAAAGUCGGUGACUUUAUUGUGGAAGGGAAAACAUACGGGAAUAAAGAGUUAGUGUGGCUCAACCUUCCGCCUGAACAGGAGAGGUUCCUUGAUGGCAUUGGAAACUGGGAACCCCCUACUCCGUCCAGCAUAGACAUUUUUAUGAGCUGGGCUGGAUUGCGUGAGAUGCCUAGACAGGAAGAGCCACGUGUUCUGGGCUGUCUCCCACAACACAUUUCAGAGAGCGAUGAAAGCUCCGACUCUGAGUUAGACUCGCCGGUUAGCGAACAUAAACCUGAUGUUGGCGACAAUCUUUCACUGCCGGGAAGCAGGCGGCGUGUUCGACGAAGACGCAGGAAAAAUAGCAAGAGAAACGAUGUAAAAUUAGAUUGA